AUGGUGGAAUCUUCACAAAUGACAAUAACACAAGCAUUUAACAAACAGACUAAAUAUCCAUUUUCGAUUCUUCAAUCACUAUUAUUUAAGAGAAUAAUUGAAGAACUUGAUGAACGAGCAAAUAUACUUAGUAAAGAUUAUUUAAAUGAAUCUCUUAUUAAUGCUGAAGAUAAAAUUUUGCGAAAUCUUCACGAAUAUGCAUUUGAUGAUACUGAAAUCUGUUACACUUCAUUCACUACUGAUAUAUGGAUGUCAAAUAAUAGCAACCCAUAUAUAGGACUUACGAUCCAUUGGAUCAAUAAUGACUUUCAAAUGAAAGAAAUGAUCAGUAGUAUUUCAUGUCUUUCUUAUCCACAUACUGCAGAUCAUCUUUUAAACAAAAUAGUUGAAAUUUUAGAUUAUCUGCAGCUUAGAGAUAAAACUGUUUGUAGUACAGUUGACAAUUGGUCGAAUAUUAAAUUAUGUGUAGAAAAGUUAGAGUAUAAAUAUAAUAUAUUAAAAGUUUUUGGUUUUGGUCACACUUUACAACUUGCUAUAAAUGAUGCACUAAAAGAGUGCUCUAGUAUUACAAAUCUAAUAAAAAAAUGCAAAGAUGUCAUAUUACAUUUUAGUGGAAGCCUGAAGCAAAAACAAUUUCUUUUAACAGCUCAAAUAGAAAUGGAGGAUUGGGAUAGGUUUCUUUGUAUAGUCUGUGAUGUCUCAACAAGAUGGAACUCAACAUUCUACUUGUUAAAACGCUUAACUAUUCUUAAACCAGCAUUAUAUAAAUAUAAAUUGCUUUUGGCUAAGGCUGAAUACGAAAAACAAAUGAUCAUUUCAGAAGCACGUACUGAAUAUGAUCAUCUAAAUUCUAAUAAAAAAUUGGAUAAUAUAUUAGAAAUAGAAGAUCAAAUGUCUGGUGAUGAGAUGGAUAGUGAAGAAGAUAUUUUUUCUAAUUUAACUUCUAUUUCAUCCCAAGAGCAAUCUAAUCAAAAUAUUAUAACUGAUAAUGAAUUUGAUUCAUAUUUGUUGUUGCCAAAAGUUUCAAACCAAACAGAUGUAUUCCAAUGGUAUGUAUAA